UUCGCAGAUCGUACCCUUAGUUGCCGAUAGAUCGCAGCAACGUAGCCGCCGACUGCUGCCGAAUCGACAGGAUGCAAGAUGGACUCAUCUCACGUGCCGGCGCAUCGAUCUACAAUGGCACGUUUACCGGUGGCGUCGGCAACGGUGCGGGAAACUACAGCAACGGGAUAGGCACCCCUGGAGGACAACACUUUUCCCCAAGCAAAUGUUUCAACCCCUCCCGACAACAGCCGCCCUCACCGGGGCAUACGGCCAGUCGGGCGACUGACAAGUUCAAACUUUGCGGUUACGAUGGCACCGUUAGCACGGGUAGCGGCCAAAUGGGCUCAAUGAUUGACGAGAAUGGAUCGAUAAUGACGGGUUCUGGCAACGGACCGACGACGAAGGCGGACAUUUUUGGAGUGCUAGAAUUUUGGCUAAAACUGCGACACGAUCUGCGAACGCUUCCCUGGGAACAGCUAAAGGCAGUCAAGCUGAAAAACCCUCGUGCCGCCCCCGGUUGUGCAUACAUUCCGACGAAGGUUGAACACAUUGCGAACGUGCUAACACACGGCCUAUGGGUGCUGCCUUCGAUCUAUGCUGGAUUCCAUCUGUACUUCCGUAGCUAUUCGGCCGCCCAAACACUCGCGGCCGUCAUCUAUGGAUUCGCCCUGUCGAUGCUUUUCCUCGUGUCCACCUGCUUUCAUUGUGUGUGCUAUUGCCAUCACAAUCGCCCCCUAAAGGCUGUUCUCCAUCGGUGCGAUCGUGCCAUGAUCUACAUAUUCAUUGCCGGGUCCUACUACCCAUGGCUCAGCCUGGGCCACACCAGCCACCCGCAGAUCGUUUCCGUCGUGAAGUGGCUCAUUUGGUUGAUGGCCGCGCUCGGUAUCAUCUAUCAGCAGAUGUACCACGAACGGUACAAGUGCCUGGAAACGUUCUUUUACGUUGUGAUCGGUGUCGGUCCGUCGCUGCUAAUCGUGCUUUGGGGUCACGAGUUCACCGGAAUGGCCGAGCUGAAACUCGGAGGUAUUCUCUACAUCGUCGGAAUAGUGUUUUUCAAAUCUGACGGCCUUUUCCCGUUCGCCCAUGCCAUUUGGCACUUGUUCGUGGUGACCGCUGCGUGUGUACACUAUUUCGCCAUCAUGACUCACCUGUUCCCAGUGCCGCCAGUGACCGUCGAUAUGGCCGACAGCUUGAUGGAGGGUGGUUGAACGGUUAGCCCUGUGUCUUAAAGGGGACGGUUUUGUUUUGUUAUAUUGAAGCGACUUCUUCUUGACUUGUUUCUUUUCAAGUUCAAGUUCAACUAAACGGUCAUUUAUUUCGCUUCUCGUUAGGUACAACGUUUUGUUCUAUCUGUACGAUAGGGUUCCUUUUCUGUUUAUUACAAUCUUUUUGUCGCAACAUCCAACUUUACAUUAGAACGAUUUUGGCGAUCAUGGUAGAAACGAUGGACGAGUGUGUCAUAGAAGCUAUCUGUAACGAGCGGUGCUGAGCUGGAUCUCGAAACUAACCGAUCUUUGAUCAUACGUACAAAUUUUGCUCAAGUUUUCAUUCGUUUCGAAAACUAUGGUUAGGUUUGCAAAAUACUCAAAAGCCGAAGAUCGUUUCACUACAAAUCUUUGUGUUCAACUUACACUGUCCAGUCUCCAACCUGUGUUAGCGUACGUCGGAGGAUGCAUCUUCCGCACUUUUGUGAUACGUAAAACGUCGAAAAAAGCGAGAUGUCAUUUAGUAUACGUUAUUGAAAAUUUUGGGUUGUGGUUAUGUGCAGUUUCGUUCUGUGGUUUAGUUCCAUGUUCCUGGCAGAAUAGAGAGCUAUUUGUCUGUACCUUUGUAGCGUAAGUUUAGUUUAGUAGAUAAUCAUUAGUUUGGGAAAAGGGAUUGGAAGUAGAAAUGUUUGGCGCAACGCUUCUAUAGAAUAGCCACUGGCGAUUAUCAACGCCAGAUCACUGUCGAUUACUCGAAAUACUAAAUGCCGCUUUUCAAUCUUCUAUCGAUUUUCCAUUUACAACAAAAACUAAAAUAUGGCAAGUAGAAACACGCAACGAACCAUAAAAAAAUAUGCAUUGUAACAAUCGACCCAUUCGAGGUGAUUUGUUCUAUUAACUAUCGAUACUAUUGGUCUUCUUCAGGGACACAGAUACUAGUGAAGAAAAUAUUGUACGCAUCGUUGGAUAUUGUUGAAUAUUCUAUCGGAUAUUCUAUUGGAUACUCUAUACAUGUUAAAAUCAUGAAUUGCGGUGUUAUAGUCGUUCAUGUCCAUGUCUAGGCAGAACAACGUCAAGUCUGAAUAACGAUAGGAUGGGGCGACUGCGCCAAAGCGGAAUGUUACAACUCCAAUGACAAACAUGACAGACAAGCUUUCGAAUCCUUCUACUACUGCGUAGAACAGAAAUAGACUAAAAAACCAAAAUAGUGAUAUUCUCGAAUGUUUGAAACUAAUACUCUCAACUAGAACCCACCAAUGAAACUAUGGAAUCCAUUUGCUCACUAACAUUUUCUCUCUCGGAAAUGUACGUAUUUUUCACUCUCUCUAACUUUCUUAUUCGGGGGACAUUCGAAAACGGGGGCAACAAGUAUUUAGUAGUAAACAAAAGUUUUACCAAAGUGUCUCACAAUAGGCAACGUCGACGUUUAAGUACACCUAUAAGGAUUGCCACCGCUAGGUAAAAACGUAAUACUAGAACAAUAGAUCUAAAACACAACAUACCCACCUUAUGAUUGAAGAUGUUCUCAAAUUAUGUGAACUUUCGAAACCGAACAAGAUUGAUAUUUAUCCGAAUGCCAAAUGUGAGUACCAAGUGUUAUUAAAUAAAACAGCAUAUAUUCUCAUUUUCUCAACGGUAUAUCAGCACCAAUAACUUUCAACUUAAAGUUCACAAUUAAUGUGCAGUUGCACGUAACGUGCAGAUAGUUGCAAUAGACCACUUCCACAACAUGUAACAGUUGCAAGCACUUACCGAUCGAGGAACAGAGCCAAACAGAGCUACGUAUGGCUGAUAUUGCCAAGGGUGGAGUAGAAAU